UAUGGUGAUGGUCAUUCAAUAUCUUGUUAAAAAUGUGAUGUUUAGUGUUUAAGUUGUGUUGAACUCUCCUAUUAAUGCUUAUCAUGUCCAUAAACAAGAAAAAUAGAGACCAAUUGUAAGUGUUAAUAGGGCUAUUAUGAUAUUCGUUUGUAACUUUGUUCUAAAUGCAAUUCAAAUUGUCAUACAUGCGAAAUUUAAAUAAAUAAUUGAAUGUAAUACUAAUGAAUUUAGAGAGCUCAACUCAAUAACUAAAACAUGUGAAUGCUCAAAAAAUUAUAUUGAAAUUAAUGGAGUCUGUGAAUAAUGCUCUUAAAGUUUUAAAACUUGCACUUAAUCUACUGACAAAUGUACAUCUUGUUCUUAAUUUCGAAUUUUGAAAGAAUAAUGAUUGUAUUUAUCAUAAUAGAUUUGCUUUGUAUGAAAAUUUUUCAUCUUAAUAUAGCACAACCUUUGGAC